AUGUUUGCUGGUUGGGGAGGAGAGGAUGAUGACACUGAACCUAUGGACACUUCUGAUUACCCUUGGUACUGGUACUACCAAGCAGAGUGUGGCAUUUGGUUCAGAACUGAGGAUGAUCCAGUGAACCCCAUUAGCAGCUCAGAACUGGAAAUGUUUUACCAAAAAAACCCAUAUGGAGUAAUUUAUAUCAAGACAGCAGCAGGGACCUUCAAAAUUGAUUUCCAUGGGUUCCAGAAGACCAACCCAAGGACAGGACAGACACAAAAAUUAAAACGUUCUUUAUUCACUAAGCAUAAAAUCAGAUGCAAAUGUGUAGACCAGGCUCUAUCUGUACCUGAUCACUGGGAGAAGAUGGAUGCUAAAACACCUUAUAAGGCUUUUAUUGUGGACAGGCAAACAAGUGAGUUUAAAAAGGUAGAAACGUAUGUGCGAGAAGUUGGUCUCCUGCCGAAUACUCUGAAUAUCUAUUUUAUUUACAGAAUACAGAAUGUUGACCUCUGGGAGCUGUACUGUAGGAAAAAAUCCCAGCUAAAGAGGAUAAAAGGUCAGUCACACAUUGAAGAACGAUGGCUCUUCCAUGGCACAGGCAUAACCAAUGUGCAUGGUAUUUGCUUGUACAAUUUUGACUGCAGAAUAUCUGAGUCAGUAAGAUCUGGUAACUUCUAUGGCAAAGGUACAUACUUUUCCAUACAUGCAGCCUACGCAGACAACUACAGCAAGGCCCGAAGCCAGGGACACAGAAAUGGGACACGAAUAAUGUUUCUUGCUCGUGUCAUUGUUGGGAAUUACAGAAUUGGGCAACCGGGUUUCUGUAAACCUGAUGGUGAUCAAAUUGAAAAUAUACAUGACAGCUGUGUCGACAAUACUUUAUAUCCCAAAACUUUUGUUAUCUUUAAUUCUAACCAGAUAUAUCCGGAGUACGUGCUGGAGUAUGGUGAGUAA